AUGGCUUCCUCACCACGUCGCGCCUCCGAGGCCGAAGCGACCGAAUCGACCAUCGUCGGCCGCGCCCGUCGUGCCUCCCUCUCCGUCCUCAAUGCCAACCCCCAGCUCGGCAUCUGGCAGGCCGCUGGCACCGCCAUCGCCCAGGCCCCCAACCUGACGGAGCUCCGCGACGUCGACAUGGGCGGCGGCAAUAUUACCUUCAACUCCCAGGGUCAUUCGGCGCGCCUCGCCGCCGUCUACGAGGAUAUCGGUCGUCUCGCGCUGGUCCGCAGCAACACCCGCGUCCUCGACAAGGAGUCGGGCAGGGAAAAGACGACCCCCGUGAGCGCGGACGAGACGCCCAUGGAUACGGCGCAAGAAGAACCGAGCAAGAAGAGCAAGGAGCACCAUCACCACAGACACCAUCUGUGGCAUCACAGCCACGGCGAAAGUCACGGCAAACAAGCAGACAUUGGGCCGACAAUCAUGCACGGCUUGGCGGCCUUCUGGAAAUUCUUCAUUACGCCGGCUGGCUUCCUUAUCACCAUAUACUGUUUAAAUAUUGUUGCAUGGGGUGCCAUGCUCUUCUUCCUCCUCCUCAAAGCUGCCCCCGCCAUGAACCAUCCCUCCGCCGACGACAACUCCUCGCCCCGCAAGAUCUGGCUCGAGAUCGACUCCCAGAUCCUCAACGCCCUCUUCUGCGUCACCGGCUUUGGCCUCGCGCCGUGGCGUUUCCGUGACCUCUAUUACUUUAUCCGCGGCGCCCAUAUGCACGACCAGAUCGCCAUGGGCAAGCUGGCUAAGCAGAACCGUGGCUGGUUCCGCCCGCCUACCUGGUACACGGAGGCCGAGGAGACGUCAGUCGAAACGCCGGAACAAGUCAAGCCACCCACAUUUACCGGUCGGGUUGCGCCCCCGACGCCCGUCUGGAAACUUGGCUUCACGAUCUGGAUGAUGGUGUGGAACACUAUACUCCAGGCGGUCCUGUGCUUCUUCAUGUGGCACUACAACCGCAUAGAUCGUCCAGGUUGGGCGACUGGCACAUUCAUCGGCCUCGGCUGUGGCGUCUCAAUGCUCGCGGGACUCAUGUCCUAUUGGGAAGGCCGUAAAGUCAAGAAGAUUGAGGGCCCUGCCGUUGAAGUUGUUGAAGCGAAAGACGCAGUAUAG